AUGGCGGAUCCUCUUAGUUUACUUCGACAAUAUAAUGUAAAUAAAAAAGAAAUUGUUGAACGUGAUAACCAAGUGAUAUUUGGAGAGUUCUCUUGGCCGAAAAAUGUUAAAACUAACUAUAUUAUGUGGGGGUCAGGGAAGGAAGGUAGCGACAAAGAGUACUAUACCUUGGAAUGCUUAUUGUAUAUUCUUAAAAAUAUUACGCUUCCCCAUCCUAUGUAUGUAAAGCAAGCAGCUGCUGCUAACAUUCCACCCGUACGACGUCCUGAUCGAAAAGAUCUACUUGCAUAUUUAAAUGGAGAGACAGCAACUUGUACAUCAAUAGAUAAAAGUGCACCUUUAGAAAUACCGACACAGGUAAAACGCUCCCAUGAUCCAGAUGGAGGGGAGUCAGCGGCCAAGAAACCUCGUAUUGAGGAAACACAUGUUCAGAAAGUUCGUGAACAGCUUGCGGCUCGUCUGGAUGCCCCAAAGGAAGCUUCCGUUACUGUGGAUAACAUAAAAUCUCUCUCAGAAGCUAUGUCAGUAGAAAAAAUUGCUGCCAUAAAAGCUAAGCGUCUUGCUAAGAAAAGGACUACCAUAAAAAGUAAUGAUUACGCUGACACAUUAGGAGUAGUCGGAUCUGACUUAAGGGCUAUUCUCGACUACGAUGUAGAUCUGACAAAAGAUAUUAUUAGUAGAGAAAGACAAUGGAGAACUAGAACAACAGUAUUACAGAGCAAUGGAAAGACUUUUGCUAAGAGCAUUUUAGCAUUGCUCGGAAGCAUCAGAGCUAGAGAGGAAGGCAGGCCGGGAGCAAUGAGGCCCCAACCAGUUGUGAUGCCACCGCCUGCGAGUAUACCAGCACAGCAAACACAAUACAACAGAUACGACCAGGAAAGAUUUAUUAGGCAAAAAGAAGAAACCGAGGGCUUUAAAAUUGAUACUAUGGGUACAUACCACGGUAUGACACUCAAGUCGGUGACAGAAGGUCCUAGCGUGCCGGUGUCGGCUCGCACACCACAAACACCAACUCACACUCGACCAACUCAACAGAACGGUUCAAUCCCGGGUACUCCUGGUCGUCGUGAGUUAUUGCCGGCGGCUGCGGCCCGCACUCCGCCCUCUACCGGCAAACGACCCUCGCGCACACCCAUCAUCAUCAUCCCCGCCGCCGCCACCUCACUCAUCACCAUGUACAACGUCAAGGACAUGCUGCAGGAUCUCAAAUUUGUACCCGUGGAGCAAAAGAAAGCAGAAGGCGCUGUCCGAGAAAAUGAAGUGUUGCUUCAAAGGAGAAAGGGUCCAGCUGCGGACCAAGUUCCUAAUAAUGCUACAACAAUAACAGUACCAUAUCGCGUAGUUGAUAAUCCUGGAAGACUGUCGGCCGCUGAAUGGGAUCGUGUGGUAGCUGUGUUCGUCCAAGGCCCCGCUUGGCAGUUCAAAGGAUGGCCUUGGGACGGAAAUCCUGUUCAAAUAUUCGCUAACAUUUGCGCGUUUCAUCUGAAGUUCGACGAGUUGAAGCUGGAUGCGAACGUGGCUCGCUGGGCCGUCACAGUACUGAACCUUAGUCGCACCAAGCGCCAUCUAGACCGGGCCGUGUUACUCGCUUUCUGGGAGACACUUGAUAAGUAUGUAAACCAUAUAGAACCAUAA